AUGCUUUACUAUUCAGGUGCUGGUAGUCGAGAAGACUGGAUUGAGGUUGCUCUUGAGAGUAUUGGAUACGAAUUCAGUAUGCUCCAGCUUGAGAGAAACAAUUUAGCCAGCAUGCUUCAGCUCUAUGAACAAGACAUGGGCCACUUGGACGACUGCAUUCAACAUGUGGAAGAGAUUGCAAAACAGCGGAAUGGGACUUUGAUUCAUAAAAUUGAGGAUCUGGAAGCCAGACUCGCGGUUGGGGAAGUCCCAGGGAAAAAUAGUUAA